AUGUUCCAUCCUCGUGCCGUAGCUGUUCCGUCCGCAUCUCAUCGCCAGCCGUCUCGGCGGUCGGCGGGGGCGGCGCCCUGGCCCACCAGCAGCCCCACGGUGGCCGCCGAUGGCCUCGCCAACUCGGGCCGCGACCUGUCCCUGGAAGCUUCCAUAAUUGACAUCCAAGACCUGAUGACGCCCCCCACUGACAGCGACCCCCUGCGCGGCCUGCGCCGCGCCGUGGCGGCCCAUGCCGCCGCCCCUGCUGGCAUCCACGACGGCAUUGACGCGCUCGCCGCCAGCCUGGCACAGCUGCUGGAGGGCACUGGCGUGCGCGUGGCGGUCAGGGAGCCCCAUGUUGCGGCUGCGGCGGGCGCGGCGCGGGCCGGGCGCGCCGCUGAGGCUUUUGUGCUGCGCGGACGCUUCAUCGUGAUCAAGGGCGCCGAGGACGAGGGCGUCAUCGUGGACCCCUCCUUCCGCGAGGCCUUCCGUGUGGCCCCCGCCACGCCGGGCUACGAGCGCCUCGUCGACUCCCUCCCCGAGACUUUUGUCGGCGACGCCUGCACCCUCCGCCGCCUCGUCGCGCUCAUCACCGCGCAGGCGGCGCGCUCCUACGAGGCACGCGGCCUGACGCAGCCGCCGUGGCGCCGCUUCUCGGCGAUGAUGGCGCGCUGGGUGCCGCCGCGCGCGCGCUACACCGACACGCUGGUCACGCCGCCGUCGUCGCCCCUCAAGCGCAUGAACUCGACUGACGCGGCCGCCCUCGCAUUCGCCACGGCCGACGAGGCUGCGUGCGGCGCGCUCGCCAGGCUCGCGCGCAUUGCACCGGGCGCGGUCGCGACCGCCUUCGCUGCACCGGCGCGCGUUGUCCGCGGGUUUGACCUGCCUGCUGCGCCGGCUGGCAUUGCUGCCAUGUAG